GCGUGUAGUUUGUUGAUAUUUUCAAACUAGUCUAAACUUAUUUAAAAAAUUUAAUAAAUUUUUGUAGUUUUUAAAAUGACGAAAUCUAAGACCGGCUACUUUGCUUUGGGAUUUUUCGCAUUCGCAGCUCUUUUUAUUAUAAUAGCAUUUGGAAGUCCAUAUUGGUUGGUAACUGAUGGGAAGCUAAAGGAUUCAAAGUUUCUGAAAAUAGGUUUGUGGGAAGUAUGUUUCAACAAAUUCGAAGACGUUCAUCACUGGUACGAUACCGUCUUUAACAGCUGCUGGUGGAUAUUUGAAGAAGAAUUCUAUAUUAUACAUGAUAUUUUAUUGCCUGGUUUUUUCAUUGCAACACAGUUCUUCUUCACCAUAACAUUGUGUUGUGUUCUGCUUUCGAUGUUUUUGGUUUUUCUUUAUUUAAAGAAGGACAAGGAUGAUGAUGACUAUUUGACACUUUUGGUAACUUUAGGAACUGUGUUAGUGAUCGGAGGCUUUUCUGGAAUCAUAUCAGUUGUGACAUUUGGAGCCAGAGGUGAUGGGCGUGAUUGGAUGCCCCAUUGGCAGAAUAAUGACCUGGGUUGGGCUUAUGCUCUUGGAGUUGUGGGUGUAAUAUCACUGUUUCCUGCUGGUAUACUGUUUUUAAUUGUAGCCAGAGUACACAAAUACAAAAAACUGCAUGAGAUGCAGAGUCGUGAGCCAUCUGCUUACAAUAUGCAUGAAAGGAACCUUGGUUAUACCAGAGGACACACUGAUAUUUAAAGAUAUUGUAAUAUUAAUUAAAUGUAAUCCGUCCAUUUUGUGAAACUCAUCAAUGUAAAAGUAAUUGUAAGUUAGGUUGUCGUUUAUAUACAAAACUAUUAAAUUCAAAUCCACUGGGUUGCCAGUAUUUAUAGACAAGUCUGAGGCCGACUUGAUGGGGCAACCAAGCUAUCUACUGAAAUGAUACCACCUUAUUCUUUUUAAUCUACUAAAGCUAAUAAAAUAUUUCUUCAUAAGAGUGUAGAGUAUGAUAAACAUUUUUUAAAUAUUAUUAAACUGGUUCUUACCACAGCUUAGUUAUAACAAUUUUCUGGUAGAAAUAUCAGUAUACAGCACAGAAAGGUGAUGUUUUUUAUAUUGUAAGUAAUCAUAGAAUUUGUCAAUUGGUAACACUGAGAAAAUUGUUUAGAUUUAAGGUAGACAGGUUUAUUUGGCUCCUAACAUUCUACCUCAGUUUUAGUUUACCUCUUAAUUAGCUUUCAGCAGCACGAAGUUAUCUGGAAUUUGUUGAAACAAAAAAUCAUGUCUGAAUGAAUAUAAUUAUGAAAAUACCUGAGCAUGUGUAGGAAUCUCACAACUGCAUCAUCAUAGUAUAGGUAAUAAAGUUAUUAUGUAAGGCGUAUGAAUGAGUUUCGUCAAUUGACCUGCAUUGACGAAACUCAUUCAUUCUCUGCAUUCCUGUAUUUUUUUUAUAUUUUCAAAUAUAUAUUGUAUAAAUAAAUGUAAGAGUUAAAAAAACUGAUAAUAAGGGUAAAACGAAUAAAAACUGAUAAAUAGGUUGCCUAUUUGAGUAUAACUGUUAGUGUAGGUAUUGUGAGUGUAAACUGUGUGUCGCUUAAAGAUUAUUUUUAUUUUAUACACUUAGGUAUGAAUCUACAAAAUGUGUAAGGGGUACUAAGCACAAAUAUAACAUUUCUAUAAUGAUACAGAUUUUGUAUAUCCCAUUUUACUCGAUUUGUGGGUAAGCUCGAAGAAAAGUUUAGUAAGAUUUAAUAUGUUAACUUGCUUUUGUAUAUACAAUGUUUUUAAAUAUCUCGAACUGAAACUUCUUUAGGCGUGUUUGAGAGUAAAAUUUAACUCGCGACAGAUUUGUUACGGCUAGACAGAAAAUAUACAAUUUAGGAAGAGCGAGAGAAAAAAUAUACAGCGAGCUAGUUUUUCUUAUACAUAGCACUUCAUAUUACAAGAGAAAUUUGAUUUAAGGAUGAAAAAUAAAGAAAAUCACAAUACUACAGACCGCAACAGAAGUUUCACUUUUUUCAUGUGCACCAAGUGCGCAUGCACCAUUUUUUUUAUGUUACUCGUUUUUCAGUCUACAUACAUACGAAUAAUAUAAUUUUUUUAGUGUUAUCAAUGAAAAAAGAUUCUAAAUAUAAAUAAAUGAUUUUGUAUGUGUUGUA